AUGGCUUCAACCAAGAAGGUGGCUCGUAAACCCCUUCCAUCUAGUACGAUCAAACAAAUGCACUCGAGCCCUUCGGGACCCCAGAAUUCUGGAAGUUUCUCGGGAUCUUCUGCAUCCUCUCCAUCUUCUGCCGGUGGUCAAAGCUCUCGUUCGGCUUCGGUGAUGGCGGCUCCCGUCAAGCGUAAACGUUCCACUGCCAAGCGUGCCGGUUCUGCAUCACGUUCACGUUCUCGUUCUCGUUCAACCCGUCGUCGCUCCGCAUCACGUUCUCGUUCUCGUUCAACUCGCCGUCGCUCCGCAUCGGGCACCCCUCGUUCCAACAAGAAGCGUGCGGCAAAGAGCGGACGCUCGGCCUCGGGUAAACGAGCUGGUCGUGUCUUGAAGAGCGCUGGUUCCGGUCGUGGACGCUCCAAAUCGGCAUCAACUCGCCGUGCCGCUGGUGUUGUGAAGAGCACUCGUUCGCGCAAGGACGACAAAGCCAAGUCAUCGAAAUCCGCAAAGUCCGAGAAGAAGGGUCGCUCGGCCGCUUCCAAGCAA